AUGUGUAACAAGCGGAUUCUUGUGAUAGCCGGGUCAGACAGUUCUGGUGGAGCUGGUCUCGAGGCCGACCAGAAAGUCAUUGCCGCUCAUGGAUGCUACGCGAUGACUGCAACAACUGCUCUGACGGCCCAAAACACGCAAGGCGUCAUUGACAUCCUUGAGACACCGUCGGCCUUUGUUCGCAAGCAGAUUGACGCUUGCGCCGACGAUAUCGGAGUUGAAGUUGUUAAGACUGGAAUGCUUGCUUCAGCGUCUACCAUUAGCGUCGUAGCGGAUGCGUUCAAAAGACAUAAUGUGGCAAUGUCUGUUGUCGACCCUGUCAUGGUUUCCACGAGCGGCUCAACGCUUCUGCCUGAAGACGCGGUUAAGGUGCUAUGUGAAGAGCUUUUGCCCGUUACCACUAUUGUCACGCCAAACCUUCCGGAAGCGCAACUUAUUCUCAAGCAUGCAGGCAAAGAAGCUUCUGACCCGAAGAGUGUAAAAGACAUCGUCGCCUUGGCCAAAGCUGUGCGAGAACUUGGCCCCAGAUAUGUACUCCUGAAGGGCGGACAUUUGCCUUUGAACAAUGAUCGUGUCGUCCCCAGUGGAGAUGCCGAUAAACACAUCGUACUGAAUGUGCUUGUCGGAGCUAACGAGAAUGAUACAUUGAUCCUUGAGACGGUCUAUCAGAAGUCCCGGAACACGCACGGCACUGGCUGCUCUUUGGCGUCUGCGAUUGCGUCUAACCUCGCGUCAGGCAUGGCUGUGGCGCAAGCAGUCAAGAUGGCUAGCUAUUACAUCGAGGCCGGAAUCCGCACCAGCAAAGACGUAGGAAAGGGAAGUGGACCUAUCAACCAUUUCCAUUCGACUUACACGCUGCCGUUUGCGCCUGGGCGCUUUGUUGAGUACCUUCUAGAAAGAGCUGACGUUGUCGGACCAUGGCGGAACCACACCCAUCAUCCUUUCGUGGAACAGCUGCAAGACGGCAGUCUUCCUCUGGGAAAGUUCAAGAACUUUCUUGUCCAAGACUACCUUUACCUUAUCCAGUUUUCGCGCGCCAAUGCCCUGUCUGCCUACAAGGCGAAGACGCUGAUUGACAUCAACAAGUCUGCGAGGAUAGUUGGGCACAUUUUUGAAGAGCUGAAGCUGCAUGUGCAGUACUGCGAGGGGUUCGGACUGUCCAAGGAAGAAAUUGAGAAGCACGAGGAACAUCCGGCAUGCACUGCCUACACCAGGUGGGUGCUCGACGUGGGCCAAUCCGAGGACUGGUUCGCGCUUCAAAUGGCGCUGGCGCCGUGCCUGAUUGGCUAUGGAGAGAUAGCGAAGAGGCUGCACGAGGACCCGAAGACCAAGCGCGAGGGCAACGAGUACUGGACGUGGAUCCUGAACUAUGUGGCAGACGACUACGUGGAUGCGGUGAAGACGGGGCAACAGAUACUGGAAGAGCUGGCGCCCAAGCAGUCGCCGAGCCGCAUCGAGGAGCUGGUGCAAAUAUUCAUUCGCGGAACAAAGGGCCGACCAAUCACCCGGCUAGCGCGCCUUCCACCCGGUCCGAAAACUUCAGUCGCCUCCUGCCGCUUUUUCUGCCAACAAAACAUUCGCCUUUCGCACCACCCUCUUCCCUCCCACCACCUCUUUCUCUCUCUCUCCCAUCUACCUCUUCCUGCCCUUUUCUGCGACGUCGCUUCUCUCCCGCGCGACACGUUCUUUGUGACCGCUUUGUUUGCGAUCCCCUUCCUCUACACGGUCUCUACUGAAGACAUCGUCGACAUGUCUUACGGCGGCGGUUACGGCGGCUCUCGUGGUGGCGGCGGUGGCUACGGCAACGGGUAUGAGUCCUCGCGCUACGGAUACGGAUCAAACGACUACUCCAGUCACUAUUCCAGCGGAUCUCGUGGCUACGGCGGUGGUAGCAACGGCUACUCCAACGGCGGUUACGGUGGUAGCAACGGCUACAGCGGCGGCGGCGGCGGCGGCGGCGGAUACGGAAACGGUGGUGGAUACGGCGGCGGUGGCUACGGCGGUGGAGGCGACAGAAUGUCCGGCCUGGGCGCUGGCCUGAAGCAGCAAGAGUGGGACAUCAGUGCUCUUCCCAAGUUCGAGAAGUCCUUCUACAAGGAGGAUCCCGCUGUCGCUUCGCGUUCCGACGCCGAGGUCGAGGCUUUCCGCAAGGAAAACCAGGUCGCUGUUCAGGGCCACGAUGUCCCCAAGCCCGUCACCACCUUCGACGAGGCCGGCUUCCCUGGCUACGUUAUGAGCGAAGUCAAGGCCCAGGGUUUCGCGAAGCCCACCGCCAUUCAGUCCCAGGGCUGGCCCAUGGCCCUCUCUGGUCGCGAUGUCGUCGGUAUCGCCGAGACCGGUUCCGGAAAGACUCUUACGUACUGUCUUCCCGCAAUCGUCCACAUCAACGCCCAGCCUCUCCUGGCUCCCGGCGAUGGCCCCAUCGUCCUCAUUCUGGCUCCCACUCGUGAGCUGGCUGUCCAGAUCCAACAGGAGAUCAACAAGUUCGGCAAGUCUUCGCGCAUCAGGAACACUUGCGUCUACGGUGGUGUUCCCAAGGGCGGUCAGAUCCGUGACCUGGCCCGCGGUGUCGAGGUCUGCAUUGCCACUCCCGGUCGUCUGAUUGACAUGCUCGAGUCUGGCAAGACUAACCUCAGGCGUGUCACCUACCUGGUUCUUGACGAGGCCGAUCGUAUGCUUGACAUGGGUUUCGAGCCUCAGAUCAGGAAGAUCAUCAGUCAGAUUCGCCCUGACCGUCAGACUUGCAUGUGGUCUGCUACUUGGCCCAAGGAGGUUCGCCAGCUUGCCUCCGACUUCCAGACCGACUUCAUCCAGGUCAACAUCGGUUCCAUGGAGCUUUCUGCCAACCACAGAAUCACUCAGAUCGUCGAGCACCUGGAGAAGAUCAUGGACGACAGGAACAACAAGGUUCUUAUCUUCACAGGUACUAAGCGUGUCGCGGACGACAUCACCAGGUUCCUUCGCCAGGACGGCUGGCCCGCGCUUUCCAUUCACGGUGACAAGCAGCAGAACGAGCGUGACUGGGUGCUCAACGAGUUCAAGACCGGCAAGAGCCCCAUCAUGGUUGCCACGGAUGUGGCUUCGCGUGGUAUUGACGUUCGCAACAUCACUCAUGUGUUCAACUACGACUACCCUAACAACUCUGAGGACUACGUUCACCGUAUUGGUCGUACUGGUCGUGCGGGUGCCAAGGGUACCGCCAUUACCCUCUUCACCACUGAGAACUCCAAGCAAGCUCGUGACCUCCUCCAGAUCCUCACUGAGGCCAAGCAGCAGGUCGACCCCCGCUUGGCUGAGAUGGCUCGCUACGGUGGCGGUGGCGGCGGCCGUGGCUGGGGUGGCCGUGGCCGUGGUGGCCGCGGUGGUGGUGGGUACUCCGGUUCCAAUGCCCAACCGCUUCGGAACAGCCGUUGGUGA